CCGCCCCUGCUGGGCAGGCAGAGCGCCGGGCCCCUCGGGCGUCCCGAGGGACUUGAUGUUGGCCUGAAAGAGUCGCCCGGCUUUCCUGUUCUCCCCAAAGGGGCUCGGAGCCGCCUCAAAUUCCGCGGGACUGAAGAACUAACGUCGGGGAUUAUUAUGUCGAUUUUCCAAGGACCCGGGUUCGAAGCGAGGAACGGAAGAAAGGGCUGGCGCCUCGGGAGUCCUGCCGGCAUUUGAUAUGCAGAGACUCCCAGGAUUGCUCAGAUUGCCCCGACCAGCAACUUUCCUAUAUUUGCAUCCCGUAUUUUCAAAGAAAAUAUUUUCUGUUCGCUGCCUUGGUCUUUUACCACCACCAAUACACUGAAGCAAAGACUUCAGGCCUCUCCUUCAAUGCAUGCUUUAUGUUUUUGCCAAAUAUGAUCUCUCAUUGAAAGUUUACUUUGGUUUUGGAUGAAUCUGUGGAGCUUAUGUUGUAAGAAGAAAGGGGUAAGGAGACACAAUGAAAGAGAAGUCCAAAAAUGCUGCCCGGACUAGGAGGGAGAAAGAAAACAGUGAAUUUUACGAACUGGCGAAAUUACUGCCUUUGCCCUCGGCUAUCACCUCGCAGCUGGACAAAGCAUCCAUAAUCAGACUCACAACCAGCUAUCUCAAAAUGAGAGUAGUGUUCCCAGAAGGGCUCGGCGAGGCGUGGGGCCACUCCAGUCGGACCAGCCCCCUGGACAACGUUGGUCGUGAACUGGGCUCACAUCUGCUCCAGACCCUGGAUGGUUUUAUCUUUGUGGUGGCCCCAGAUGGGAAGAUCAUGUACAUCUCAGAGACAGCCUCAGUCCACCUGGGUCUUUCUCAGGUAGAACUGACCGGGAAUAGCAUUUACGAAUACAUCCAUCCCGCGGACCACGACGAGAUGACAGCGGUUCUCACUGCCCAUCAGCCCUACCACUCUCACUUCGUCCAGGAGUACGAGAUCGAGCGCUCCUUUUUCCUGAGGAUGAAAUGCGUCUUGGCCAAGAGGAACGCGGGCCUCACCUGCGGUGGCUACAAGGUCAUCCAUUGCAGCGGUUACCUGAAGAUCCGCCAGUACAGCCUGGACAUGUCCCCCUUCGACGGCUGUUACCAGAACGUGGGCCUGGUGGCAGUGGGCCACUCGCUGCCACCCAGCGCCGUCACGGAGAUCAAGCUGCACAGCAACAUGUUCAUGUUCCGCGCCAGCUUGGACAUGAAGCUCAUCUUCCUGGACUCCAGAGUGGCAGAGCUGACGGGGUACGAACCUCAGGACCUGAUUGAGAAGACUCUGUACCACCACGUGCACGGCUGCGACACCUUCCACCUGCGCUGCGCCCACCACUUGCUGCUGGUGAAGGGCCAGGUGACCACCAAAUACUACAGGUUCCUGGCGAAGCACGGCGGCUGGGUGUGGGUGCAGAGCUACGCGACCAUCGUGCACAACAGCCGCUCGUCCCGGCCGCACUGCAUCGUCAGCGUCAACUAUGUUCUCACGGACACAGAGUACAAAGGGCUGCAACUCUCCCUGGAUCAGAUCUCGGUCUCCAAACCAACCUUCUCCUACGCCAGCAGCUCCACUCCUACCAUGCCCGACAGCAGGAAGGGGGCCAAGUCCAGACUCUCCAGUUCAAAGUCAAAAUCCAGGACUUCCCCAUACCCUCAGGGCGAGGUCAUUGGGAUGAAGACAGUGUGGUCAGUUCUCCAGACCCUGGGUCUGCCAGCGAAUCAGGUGACCGAUAUCGCACUGAGCAAUAUCAAAGUAGCCCACAUGAACCUAGCAAAAUUGAAACUCUGAUAAGAGCUACCCAGCAAAUGAUUAAAGAAGAAGAGAACAGAUUGCAGCUAAGGAAAGCUCCCCCAGACCAACUGGCUUCCAUUAAUGGAGCUGGGAAA